UACUCUGGCGUAUGCUGUUAUGUAUAUGGACAUUGUUUUUCAAUUCUUGAUGUCUUGUGAGAAAGUUUCAUUUUUGAUUCUCAUCCGACUAUUCUAAAAUGGCUGCUGUAUUAGACGAAGUCGGUAAAUCUGCAGAGAAACUUGUCGACGAGGAAAAUGACGAGAGUGUCGAAAAGAGCAAAAAUACCGAAAUCAAGGAAUCAAAUAAAAAGAACACCGAUGGUGGUGGGGGAAAUGUUGAUAUUCCAAAGGAAGAAAAUUCAAAAAAUGAUGCAGAAUUAGUAGAUGGAGGUGAAAAUGAAGAAGAUACAAUUGAAAAUGGUGGGGACACUGAUAAUAAAAAGAAGAAGAAAAAACGCAAGAAUAAAGGAAAAGGGGCAAAUAAAGAUCCCAUAGCAUUUCCUGUUGCUUCACUUUAUCCGAAUGGAAAUUUUCCAAUAGGGGAGAUUAUGGAUUAUCCACCAGCUACAGGCAUUGACGAACAGAAGGCUAAAGACAGAUUUAAUAGCGAGGAGGCUCGUGCUCUUGACCGCAUGCACAAUGAUAUUUAUAAUGAGGCACGAUUAGCUGCAGAAGCUCACAGACGUACAAGAAAGCACAUACAAAAUUGGGUAAAGCCAGGCAUGACAAUGAUUGAAAUUUGUAAUGAAUUAGAAGAAACUGCUCGAAGACUUAUUGGAGAAAAUGGCCUUAAGGCUGGUCUAGCUUUUCCUACUGGCUGUUCAAGAAAUCACUGUGCAGCACAUUACACACCAAAUGCUGGAGAUACAACAGUUCUUGAUUACAACGAUGUUACAAAAAUUGACUUUGGUACACAUAUCAAUGGUCGUAUUAUUGAUUGUGCAUUUACCCUAGCAUUUAAUCCAAAAUAUGAUAGGCUUAUUGAAGCUGUUCGCGAUGCUACAAAUACUGGUAUCAAAGCAGCGGGAAUUGACGUACAACUCUGUGAUGUUGGUACUGCUAUUCAGGAAGUUAUGGAAUCUUAUGAAGUGGAGAUAGAUGGAAAAACAUAUCAGGUUAAAUCUAUCAGAAAUCUGAAUGGUCACUCAAUUGCACCGUAUCGUAUCCAUGCUGGAAAAACUGUGCCGAUAGUGAAAGGUGGAGAAGCUACUAGAAUGGAAGAAAAUGAAUUUUAUGCAAUUGAGACUUUUGGAUCAACAGGCCGGGGUAUUGUUCAUGAUGAUUAUGAUUGCUCUCAUUAUAUGAAGAAUUUCUAUGCUGGCUUUGUUCCAUUAAGGCUGCAAAGUAGUAAAUCACUUCUUAAUACAAUAAAUAAGCAUUUCAGUACGUUAGCAUUUUGCAAACGUUGGUUAGAUCGUAUUGGUUGUACCAAAUAUCAAAUGGCUCUUAAAGAUCUUUGUGAUAAGGGUACAGUCGAAGCUUAUCCUCCGCUGGUCGAUGUGAAAGGAUCUUACACAGCUCAGUUUGAGCACACAAUUGUUUUACGACCUACGUGCAAAGAAGUUAUUUCUCGAGGAGAUGAUUAUUAAGUUCAUGUUUUGAAGAAUUAUCAACUUAAUUGUCAAAGUUUUAUACUUUCUAUGCCUACACGUAAGCGAAAUUUCAAUGGAGGGAGAAUAAGCUACAAUGU